AUGAAACCGCUUAGUGUGGCAGCGAAACCACUACUGGUUUUCCCUUGUGUUGCACGUGGCCCAACCAGCUUCUCGCGUUUCGUAUGUUCCUCGAAGGGCGUGCCGACCACCGUUGGUACACUGACGCGUGGAGCUACGAAUACGCAUGCAGUAGAUCGUACCGUAGUUACUUUUUUUGGGGAUAUGGCGCUUCUUUCAAAUAAUCGCCAGAGUGCGCUGUGCACCCUUAAAGAUUCCACAAUGGUUUACCGGACAGAGAUAUCUGGUCCCAAGUAUAUCUGCGAAGGGCAUGUGUGGCAAAAGAGAGAAAACAAUUUUGAGGAAGGUGGAAAAGUUCGCCGAGUGUUGGUCGUGCAUAGCAGGUACGAUGAAGGAAAGGGGCACGUGUCGCUUUUUAUGUGGAAAGUGGAAAGCGAAGGUUCAUAA